ACAACUCACAACCAUUCUUUCUUAGCUUCUCUUAUCUUUUUGAAAACUAGGAAAAUGCAUGCUCCAUGGCUUCCUCUGUACACACCCACAGUUGCAACAAGACACCAUCCAAUUCCAACAAACUUGGGUUUCUGCAACUCUUCUACUUCCAGGAAGCUUUAUGGCAACACUCUGUCAUGCAGGGCUUCUUCUUCAAUCACAGACUUUGAUCUUUACGACCUCCUCGGCAUCGACAACGCCUCCAAUCCAUCACGGAUCAAGGCAGCCUACCGCGCGCUUCAAAAGCAGUGCCACCCCGAUAUCGCCGGUCCUGCUGGUCAUGACAUGGCUAUCAUUCUCAAUGACGCUUAUUCAGUUCUCUCGAAUCCGAAUUCUCGGUCGGCGUAUGAUAAGGAACAAGCAAAAAUGGCAGAACUUCGAGGUUACACAGGGAAGCCAGUUUAUUCAGUAUGGUUGGGAACGGAAAACGAACAACGAGCGGUUUUUGUAGACGAAGUGAAGUGCAUUGGCUGCUUGAAAUGUGCUUUAUUUGCUGGGAAAACUUUUGCUGUUGAGUCAGUUUAUGGGAGAGCUAGAGUUGUGGCACAGUGGGCUGAUCCUGAACAUAAAGUUAUGGAAGCCAUUGAAGCUUGCCCAGUUGACUGCAUUUCGAUGGUGGAAAGGUCAGACUUGGCAGCUCUGGAGUUUCUAAUGUCAAAGCAACCGCGUGGAAACGUACGAGUGGGAAUGGGCAACGCUGCUGGCGAACGAGUGUCGAACAUUUUCGCAGACGUGAAGAAGUUCCAAACCAGAUUCAAGGAGGCCAUGGAGAAGACUACCAAAGAUCAUUUCAAGGGGACGACCUUCGAAAGCGAAGCGCAGUUGGCAGCAAUUCAAACUAUCAGAUCAAUCUCAAAUUGGCUGUUUUGGCAGACAGCCACCCCGGCUGGACCAGGACCCAAGCACAGCCAAAACCUGAUGCGCAUAGGCAGCAAAUCCACACCAGAAAUCAGCAAACUUCAAGCUGCUGCUACUGCAAGGAAACAAGCCAGGGAAAAACUUGAAGGCAGAACAAGAACUGCAGCAAAACAAUACAUAUACAACAAUGAUUACUGGGUUCCUACCACUCUUGCACUUCCAGCCACAACUCAAACUCUGAACAGCACAAUCUCAAAGCCAAGAGUGGAGACCAAAACUAACAGAGAAUCAAAAGACCUUGGUUUUGAAGUGGGUGAUGGUGGUCAUAUUAGCCCCAUGAGAUGGGGAAUACCGGUGUCGAUAUCGAUGAUUGCAACUGCAGUAAUUCAGCUAAUGGCGAGAGACGACGGUGCCAGCAGCUUGAAGGAACACAUUGGGGGCUCUCUUGCACUGGAGUUAGUAAACAGUCACUGGAUGCAGACUACACUGACAGGCAUCACUUGGUAUGUCAUUGGAAUGGCAGUGAUGGGAACGGUAGAAAUGAUUGCAGGAAAGAUUAGGCCUUAAAAACUACACAGAAAGUAGAAGCUGCAUAUAUCGUUACUUCAAAAGAAUUGAAAAGUACAAAUGGAUAUGGUAAAUAAACAUUAUGUAUCUGCUCA